AAGAACUGAGAGCCGUUUGUGUCGGGCCCAGCGUUUGCCAUACUGACCCACCCUGCACCCAGAUGUUUCAGUCGGAAGUUUUCAUCAGCAAACGUGUUGCCAUAAAUACUUUUACCUACAGACACACAAGAAUGGAUAUUCUGUGAUGUCUCCUCCUUGGAUCAUGAAAUCCUUGAUCACACGAUGGAACUUGCUGCCCUUAUAGCCGUAACCUUUCUGAGGAGAGGAUCUCUGUGAGUCUUUUCACCAGCAGCUUAUCAUUCACAGACAAGUACCACAAAGUUUUGGACCGUAACGGGCACGACCUCUCCGAACAGACCGAUCACAAUCCUGCCGACCUCAUGUCCUCCUACUGUGAUGUCAAAAAACACCUGCAGCAUAAAGAAGAGGAGCUCUGUAAAAACUCAGAAAAAAAAGUGAAGUAGAAGAAGUCCAGACCCGGGACCCCCCCCCCCCCUCUCGGCUUCUGUGCUGAUGGGGCCUCCAGUCGUUAGGUCAGACCUGAAUUUACCUAAAGUAUACUACUGUAUUAACACAAAUAUUUUUACUAUCUAUGAAUUUUACUGAAUACAAAUAGCAGAAAAUGAUUCAUUGUGCUUUUUAAGUCUUCAGAUUUGAUCUUCAUGUAUUUUUCAGACAUUAGUCUCAUUUGGUUUAUUUGCUGCAUUGGGUUGUUUUGGUUUGUUUAAAUUCAUUGUCUGUCCUGCUGUUUAGUGUUGGGACAGUUUAGAUUGGACUCUUGUAUGAUGGGGUUCAGAGGUCACAGAUGGGGGUGCUGUGGUGUAGCGGUUAAUGAUCUGGGUAAAAAACUGAAAGAGUCUCUGAGUAAAGCUGUUAUUCUGGGGUGGGCUGUGAAAGCUUUGAAGUAACAUCUGAGAAAUUACUCCUUACUUACAGAGAGAUUAGAUAUGUUUUAAAAUAAAAACCUUACAUGUGCUGAGUCAAAUUUUACAGAGAUAUCUGUCAGUGUAGAGGGCAGUAGUACGUCAAAAUAUAUGACAAUACAUGAUAGUAGGCUAAUAUAAAUGAAAGAUGUUAUUCAAAUGGAAAUUCAUUUUCUCACUCUCAUGUUGUUGCAAACCUGUACAAAUGUAUUUGUUCUAAUGAACAAGAAAUAUAUUUUUAAGGAAUGUUUGUAACAAAAUCAUGAGCCCCAUUCACUUCCAUAAUAGGGAAAAAAAGAAUACUGUUCAUCAAAACAAAUACAUUUAUACAGGUUUGUAACAACAUGAGAGUGAGUAAAUGAAGAGAGAAUUUUUGGGAUAACUGUCCCUUUAACACACAUUUAUUACAUUCAGGCUCUGGUGCGCCCUCUGUGUUCACUCGUGAGAAUGACACUACAGCACAUUUAUGAUCUGUAACCGUAUUCACGCAUAACCAUCUACAUUCAUUCAUUCUGUCUUAUUAAAAAAAGAUACAAUAAAUUUAAUACAAAUUAAGUUGAAAAGAGAUGACUCAGAAAUGUUGUAAAUAUUGUAUUGUGUAUCUUUCAUUAAAGCAAACAAUAUUCUGAACUACUCCACUUAUAAUUUGAAAGAAAAUCUAACUUGGUGACACAAACAAGUCGCUAAGUUAAGAACAACUAUUCUGACCAAGUAGAAAUUAGUUUUGUUUAAUUAGUCUUACUUUCUGUUUCAAAUUAUGACCAGUCUUCUCAAAAGGAAAAAUUAGAUGACUAACUUUUACAGUAGGCUAUAUAGCAGUUUAUGUAGCCGGCCACAGGACAGCAUUCAUUUAUACAGCAGCGGUGUCCGAGAUGUUCACCUAAAACCACUGCAACAACAACAAUUCAGUCUUAACAAUAUUUCCCUCUUUAUAAAAUACACAAAUCUAGAAUAUUUAUGACGAAUAUACAGGCAGCAAAUAGUUACAGAGUUUAUUUACAUAAUUAAAAGAUUAAAACCAUUUAAACGCACCUGAGGCAGUUCCACACAGAAUGAUAUUAUUUGUUUCAGGCCAUUAACAGUAAAUUUAUAAUACAAAGAUUUUUGAGAUGACCAUCAGCUCCCAUCUGAAUAGACGUCUAUAUUAAUGAAUUAUAUACUCAGCAACCCGUGACCUUAAAACUAUAAUAAGAGUGCUGGUGGCUGAAUUCUUUAUCGGACUCCUGUCAAAGAGCCUCGUUCAUUUGUCUUUCAGCCAACAGCAGAAUUAAUUAACAAGAAAUGCAAAGGGUCUAAGUGAAUGUCAAACAGUGGAGUAUGUUAAUGAAACGCACACCUAAACGCUUUUUUUCACGCUCUGAAAAUAUACAAAUGAAGUCCAAGUUUACACUCAGCUUUAAUAAUCCGUUUUUUGGCACAGAAAAUGAUAUAUUUGGGCAGUUAAUGUAUUGAUCCUUGCUGCCCCUCGAGUGCACUUUAUUUCACUAGUCAUUUAUCAAUGAAUAAAAACACCAAUACGCUGUCAUAAUAGCGCUGUUAUUUCCAAGUAUGACAACUAAAUUGUUUUGAGGUUCAUUUUGACAUGUACGACGACACAACACAACUCAUAAAACUAUUAAUUAUUACUAUUAGCAAUGUUUGAAUUGGAACAGGAUAUAGGGAAAUGUUUUGUUGUUUUAAUAAAAAAUACGGCAUGACGCAAUAAAGCUGCAUUACAUCGUUUAAAAAAAAACUAAACUGAACUAAACUGUUUGUGCUGUUAUUAUAGUCACAUUCUUUAAGAGUGAAAUGCAUUUUCAGACUAUUAUGUUUGUGUUUUGGUUUGUUAUCAGAGAGUUGUGGAUGACGAAUGAGUCUGUCAAAAUGUUGCCAGUCAAAACAUUUCACCCUCCUGAGUCCUGUAGACGGAACGGUGUAAAAUGCACCACAUUUAGAUACUGAAAGUCUGUGAAAACUUUCUCAAGCGUCUGAACGGUGCGAAUCACUUCUGCUGGACAACUAACUAGUUAACAAUAGAUAAACUCCAGCAGCGCGCGCGCGCGCACACAUCUUAAAUUCAAUGGAAAAGAACUAAUAAAAGUAUUCAUCAAUUGCAUGAUUGAUAGUAAUGAAUUAUCAAAGACAUUUAAAUAGAAUUAACUAAACAGUAGGGUAUGAAGUUUCCAAAAAAUGUAAACUCGACUAAAGGGAGUUUUUUGAGCAUGCAAGUAUCCAUUGUAAAAAAUGUAAACCUAAAAAACGGCAAGAGGAAAAAAAGCGCGUAAUCGUAUUGUCUUAUAAAUUGACGGGCGGAAAUAAAUCUGUCCAACUGGACCUAAUAAAGUGUAAAGUGACAGUGUGACAGAUCAACAGUACUAAUAAACAUCAAGUGAUCAGCAGCUGUGGGUGAAACAGAUGCUCGACAUCAGCCUGUCCCACAGUCCACGUGCACGUGCGGGAGCGCGAGACGAGGACACGCGUGAGGGUGGGAGGACGCAGAACUCAAUAGUGUGAUGGUGUGAGUGUCCGGGAGUCACAGCUUGGACUCUUCUAACAGGGUAAGUCUUUAAUAUCGCUUUACUCUUGAUCAAUAUGGGAUUUAAAACAAGAGCGCGUGAACUUCAGUACGUGAAUGGCGCUUGAGUCGUGUUUUUAUGUACAUGUUGUAGUGCGUUCUCGAAACUCUUGCUCGGUGUGUUUAUAAGUUAAACGGCAUGCAUGAGAAUCUAUCACACAUCAGCUGCAUUUUCUUACAGUCGGAUAUGCUGAAGCCGGGUGAGCCCAGCGGUUCUGCUUUCCUCAAAGUGGACCCAACUUACAUCCAGCACUGGCAGCAGCUGUUCCCGCAGAAAACAGCCGGCGGACCGCUGGAGAACCUCCGCCAGAGACCCAACCUCAUCUCUUCAACCUCAUCGUCCUCGUUACCGGCAUCCUCGAGCGCGCCGUCCUCUGUAGCGGGUUUGAGUCAGCUCGCGCUGUUCGGACAGACCGACACCAGCAGCGGUUCGGCUCAGAACCGAGAACUUUGCUCGUCGUCAAACUGUAAGAAUGAUCGGGUGUCGCGCGUGAAGCUGACUUCAGAAGAGCUGGACUUCUACCUGUACGGCCAACAGAGGAUGGAGAUCAUCCACAGCGGAGACCUUCAUAACCGCUGUGACAUGUGUGCAGACAACCGUAACGGCGAGUGCCCCAUGCACGGACCCCUGCACUCCUUGAGAAGGUUGGUGGGGACCAGCAGCGCCUCCGUGGCCGUUCCUCCCCCAGAGGUCCCGGAGUGGUUGAGGGAUUUGCCUCGCGAGGUGUGUUUGUGCACCAGCACCGUCCCGGGUCUGGGCUACGGCAUCUGUGCGGCUCAACGCAUCCCACAGGGCACGUGGGUCGGGCCCUUCCAGGGUGCGUCUCUUUCUCUGGAUAAGGUGCAGUCAGGGUCCGUGCGAAACACAAGACACUUAUGGGAGAUUUAUGAUCAGGAGGGAACGCUGCAAUACUUCAUCGAUGGAAAUGAGCCCAGUAAAUCCAGCUGGAUGAGGUACAUACGCUGUGCCAGACAUUGUGGGGAACAGAACAUGAUGGUGGUGCAGUACAGGUCAUGUAUUUUCUAUCGGGCCUGCACAGAUAUUCCUCGUGGAACGGAGCUUCUGGUUUGGUACAAUGACAGUUACACAUCUUUCUUUGGUAUCCCGCUGCAGUGCAUCGCUCAGGAUGAAAACUUGAAUGUGCCGUCUACUGUAAUGGAGGCCAUGAGUCGUCAGGAAACGCUUCAACCCUUCAAUAAGAGUCCCAAAUCCUCUUCUGCGGUUCUGCCGCGCUCAAUGGUGUUUCCACAGUCGCCCUCCUCACGGAGCUUCUCGCUCCUGGACAAGAACAUCCACAGCGAGUCCGCUUUAAACCAGAUGAGCUCCAAAAACCAGCGCGUGCUGGCGAGUCCCACGUCCACCAGUCAGCUGAGCUCAGAGUUUAGUGACUGGCAUCUGUGGAAGUGCGGCCAAUGCUUCAAGACCUUCACUCAACGCAUACUGCUGCAGAUGCAUGUGUGCACACAAAACCCUGACAGACCGUAUCAGUGUGGACACUGUUCCCAAUCCUUUUCUCAACCCUCGGAGCUGAGGAAUCACGUGGUGACACACUCCAGCGAUCGACCCUUCAAGUGCGGCUACUGCGGUCGAGCGUUCGCCGGAGCCACGACUCUAAACAAUCACAUUCGCACACACACGGGAGAGAAGCCUUUCAAGUGUGAGAGGUGUGAUCGCAGUUUCACGCAGGCCACGCAGCUCAGCAGACACCAGCGGAUGCCCAACGAGUGCAAAGCCAUCAGCGAGAGCAGCGAAUCAAUCGAGGUGGAUUAACGGAUUGACCGCGCGGAAUUACACGGCAUGAUUAAAUGUCACGGACACUUAAGCAAAACCAAAGAUUUCCUCAGAGAAACACUCAAUCACACGCGCAAAACCAAAAGCACUAAUAAAAUAAGUGAGAUGUUAAGAGAUAUUGAUCCU